UUUAUGCUGACGCGUCCCUCUUCCCCUCGUCCACCGACGUGUCAGUCUCCUUGUGUCCCGAGCUGAGCAGCACACAGGCCGGUUCAAUCCGCAGACAUGGCUCCUAAAGGCAGCAACAAGCAGCAGUCAGAGGAAGACCUUCUCCUCCAGGACUUCAGCAGAAACCUUUCGGCCAAGUCCACCGCUCUCUUCUACGGAAAUGCACUCAUCGUUUCUGCCAUCCCCAUCUGGUUGUUUUGGAGGAUCUGGCACAUGGACCUUGUCCAGUCUGCAGUGUUGUACGCCGUGAUGACUCUGGUCAGCACCUACCUGGUCGCCUUUGCCUACAAGAACGUCAAGUUUGUUCUCAAACACAAAGUUGCCCAGAAACGUGAGGAUGCUGUUUCCAAGGAGGUAACCAGGAAGUUGUCUGAGGCGGACAACCGCAAGAUGUCCCGCAAGGAGAAAGACGAGAGGAUCCUGUGGAAGAAGAACGAGGUCGCCGACUACGAGGCCACCACUUUCUCCAUCUUCUACAACAACACCCUCUUCCUGGUCCUCGUCAUCAUCGCCUCUUUCUUCUUGCUCAAGAACUUCAACCCCACCGUCAACUACAUUCUGUCCAUCAGUGCCUCCUCAGGACUCAUCGCUCUGCUGUCCACGGGCUCCAAGUAAAGGAAGAAGAAAAGAGCGGGGGACAAAAAGCUGAAGGGAUGAAGGGGUGGGAUUGGGUAGGGAGUCGGGUGUUCACUAUAUUGUUUUUCACUUAAGUUAGGAAUGGGGUUUAAGAGGGGGGCUGAAUUAUCACAUUUCAACUUCAUGAAAUUCAUGAUCAAAUGUCUGGAGGGUGUUUCUCCAGGUCUGUCUUCUGUUUUUUGUAACAAAUAAAGCAACCAGGUAUA